AUGGAUUCAUAAAAUAAAAAAAUUGAAGAUAGAUUAGUUUGUGUUGAUUGUAUUGCAGAAAACCCGUUAAUUAAAUAUUAAACUAUUCAAAACGUAGAUAACUAAUGGAAAGAAUAAAAUUCAUUAUCUGAAAAUUGUUUAAUUGAACUUAAAAUGGAAAGUAAAAUUAAAAAAUCAGAAUUAUUAAAUUAAAUAGCAUAAAUGAGAAAGAAUUAUAAUAAAAAAUUGAAUGAAAUUAGUGAUAAAUUAAUUUCAGAAUAAUAUUUAUGUAAUGAUUAGAUCAAAGAAUCUAAUCGAAUUAAGAGAACUUCUAUUAAAGUAUUGGAUAAUGAAUAAUUGAUAAAAGAUCUAAAAUAAUUGAUUGAAUAAGAAAAGGAAAAUGAAAAAGUUCCAUAAAACUAAAUAAUUAAAGAUAUAAAAAAUAAGGAUUCCAUAUUCAAAAAAGACUUAGAAUAUCAUUUAGAAUCAUUAAAAUAACAUUAUUAAUAAGAUAUUUAAUAGUCACUGGAUAUUCUAAAGGAAAUUUCAAGUAUUUAUUUAUUUAUAUUUAAAUAGAAGAAAGUAAUCUAUUAACAAAGUUAUCUGAAAUGAUUUAAUAAAUUGAAAAAAGUCACUAAAAAGAUGAUAAUUAUUAAAAUUAAAUUAAUAUUAUUAAAGAAAUAUAAGAAUUAGUUGAUGAUGCAAAAAUGUAUUAAUGCUAAACAAAUCUAUUUGAGUAGACUAAAAAGUUUUAUUAAUCAAUUAAAUAUAAGAUAGAAUUGAUUUAAUAAAAUAUUAAAUUAAAAUCAAAAGAAAAUUAAACGGAAUCAAAAUCUUAAUUACUACAAUCUUAAUAUUCAAAUAUAUAAAAUAUUUUAAAUGAGUAUUAAACUAUUUUUGAAAAUAAUAGUAUUUAAAUGAAAAAAUAUUGUAAUAUUAAAUAAAUGGAGGAUGAUUUAAUUAAAUUAACAGAAAAUAAUAAUAAAUUAGAGAUUGAAAGUAAUAUUCUAUAAUAAUAAAUAGAAAAUAAUUUUAUUAAUUCUAUUUAAAAGUAAUUGGAGCAAAAACUCAAUGAGAUCAAUAGUAAAUUAGAAAUUAAAGAUAAAGAAUAAAAAGAUAUAAAAGUAUAAUAUGAUUUAGCAAUUAAAGAUAAUAUAAAUAUGAAAAAUUAAUAUGAAUAGGAAAAAUUGACAAUGAUUAAGAAAUUCUAAGAUGAAUGUAUUAGAUUUUCAUAUUAUUCAAUAGAAAACAAAUUGAAAUAGGAAUUAAAUCAAAAUAUAAAUUAAAAAAAUUUAGAAUUAUAAGAAGCAUAAAAGAAACUUGAUUAAAUUAAUAAAGAUAAGUUAGAAUAAGAUAAAUUCAAUAAAAUGUAAUUAGAAAAAGUAAAAAAAUAUAAUUAAAUGAUAAUUUUUAGAUUCAAUUGUAUUAGAAAUCAUUAUCAUUUUCAAAUGCUUAUAAAAAUGGAAACUGUUAAGUUACUGAAGGUGGAAAAGUUGUGGCAGAUGUUGGUAAUAGUAGUUGGAGUUAUUGUCUUUGUGAAUAAGCAAUUCCAAAGACUGGAAAAAUAUAGUUUGCUUUUUAAAUACUUAAUGGAUCAGCUUUUAUGGUUGGAAUAGGAUUUAGAGAGAUUAUGUAAAAACAUAAUUAUUAUUAGUGUUAUUAACCUGGUUAUGGGUAUAUUAUCAUAUUAUAAUAGAACAUAUUUAAUAGAAAAUAAUUGUACUAUUUUUUCUUAUCAUAACAAAGAUUUGUUUCUUAAAAAAUUCUCAUUUUAAUUUACAAAUAAUGAGAUAAUAAAAAUCGAAGUAUGUAUUGAAAAUAAAUACAUUAAAUGGAGUAGAUAUAAUAAUCCAUAAUUAAUGUUUGUUGUAAAUGUUUAAUCAAUUAUUAGUAGUUAGAUAUAGAUACAUCAUAAGAACUAUAUCCAUGUGUGGGUGUGAGUGGUUAAUCUAAAAUACAAUUAUUAGAAAAUAUACCAUUUUGA